AUGGCUUUCUUCAACUUAUAUCUACUAGGAUAUCAACAUUACUUUCGGAGUAAAAUGAGAACCACAACUCCAGAAACAGACCAGAAGGAUACAGUGCCCACAAGGCUUCCCCCGAUCGUCUCAGAAGAGGGUAAUUAUUCUGUGCACCAGAACAGCCAUGAGAGGUACCAGGAAGCCGUGCGAAAGGUGUUGUUAAAGACGUUCCCCAAUCAGGUCUUCAGAGUCCCCGUGACGGAUGCGCAGAACUUCAGCUUCUGGAGGUCCAACAUCCCGGGUGUGCGUCCAGAGAAAGCCAUCCCUUGGAUCAAGACUCCACACCAUUGUCUCAUUAAAAGCCCAAUGACCAGAUUCGUGGACCAUUCUCGUCUCAAUGACAAAACCUUCAGUCUAUACUGA